AUGUGGAUGCGCCUCGUUGUAGCGGCCAGGCUUGGCUCCGAUCUCCCCUUGUGGCGAAGCGAUCUGCUGCUCGAUGGACAUAACAACAGCCAAUAUGCGGGCCUCUGGAUUUGUUCAGCCAGGCGGGGAGACUUGAAGGCUGUUGCCUACGCUGUGCUGAACAUAGUAACCAACCCAAAACGGCUGUUGUCUGAGUCGGACACUCGGAUUCCGAUACAAGAGAUCCCAGAGGGUGGGACCUUCAUCCUCGCUUGUCCGAGUGCGCGAAGGGCUGAUGGACAGACAGUAAACGUCACCGCCAGAUAUUGGUCUCACGAGAGGUAA